CCUUUUCUGCAUUUUGGGAGCCGCCCCCCCUCACCCCCCAACUCCUGCCGUUCAAUGGUCAAGUGGAGAAGGAAGGAAGCGGGACCCAAAGAAUGGUAACUAAUGCCGAAGACCUCCCGGAGGCUUUCUGACUUCCUCUCCCCAUGUAAAGUAUGCUGAGAACCUUUCCAGUGGUCCUGCUGGAAACCAUGUUUCACUACACCGACGAGCCCCGGUUCACCAUAGAGCAGAUCGACCUGCUUCAGCGCUUGCGGCGCACCGGGAUGACGCGGCACGAGAUCCUGCACGCCCUGGAGACCUUCGACCGCCUCGACCAGGAGCACAGCGACAAGUUCGGCCGGCGCUCGGCCUACGGGGCCGGCGGCGGCUCCUGCAGCAACAGCACCAACAACGUGGCCGCCUCGUCCUCCACCGCCACGGCCUCCACGCAGACGCAGCACUCGGGAAUGUCCCCCUCGCCCAGCAACAGCUACGACACCUCCCCGCAGCCCUGCACCACCAACCAGAACGGCCGGGAGAGCAGCGAGCGGCUGUCCGCCUUCAACGGGAAGAUGUCGCCCACGCGGUACCCGCUGGCCAGCAGCAUGGCGCAGAGGUCGUACAGCUUCGAGGCCUCCGAAGAAGACCUGGACGUGGACGACAAGGUGGAGGAGCUGAUGAGGAGGGACAGCAGCGUGAUAAAAGAGGAAAUCAAAGCCUUCCUGGCCAACCGGAGGAUUUCGCAAGCCGUCGUAGCGCAGGUAACAGGUAUCAGUCAGAGCCGGAUCUCCCACUGGCUGUUGCAACAGGGAUCGGACCUGAGCGAGCAAAAGAAAAGGGCCUUUUACCGAUGGUACCAGCUUGAGAAGACAAACCCCGGGGCGACGUUAAGCAUGAGGCCGGCCCCGAUCCCGGUAGAAGAACCUGAAUGGAGGCAGACUCCUCCCCCCGUCACAGCUACCUCUGGCACCUUCCGCUUACGGCGGGGAAGUCGGUUCACCUGGCGGAAGGAGUGCUUGGCCGUCAUGGAAAGCUACUUCAAUGAGAAUCAGUAUCCGGAUGAGGCCAAGAGGGAAGAAAUCGCAAAUGCCUGUAAUGCGGUGAUUCAGAAACCAGGAAAGAAACUGUCCGACUUGGAGCGAGUCACUUCUCUCAAAGUGUACAACUGGUUCGCCAACCGGAGGAAGGAAAUCAAGAGGAGAGCUAACAUUGGAAAACUUCACCUUGCUCUUCCUCCUUUGAAAACAUCCGUAGUGGCAGGCGAGAUUCCUUCACCUGCAACCCGGAGGAGUGAGGGAGCGUUAGAAGCAGCAAUCCUGGAGAGUCAUGGCAUAGAUGUUCAAAGUCCCGGCGGCCACUCCAACAGUGAUGACAUAGACGGAAAUGACUAUUCGGAGCAGGACACUUGGCAAGUGCGCAAUGGGGAGGAGGAGGGCCGAUGUUCAGAGGGAGGCAGAGAAGCAGAGAAGUUAGAAGAAGACAGGAGGAUCUGCUCAAAACAAGAUGACAGCACUAGUCAUAGCGACCACCAAGACCCUAUCUCACUAGCCGUGGAGAUGGCGGCCGUGAAUCACACCAUCCUGGCGUUGGCCCGGCAAGGAACCAGCGAGAUCAAAACAGAGGCCCUGGACGACGACUGAUGACGCGACGGAGGGGGAGGGGCUCCGAAACGAGAAAGUAAACUUAGUUUUUAGCCGUAGCACCUUAGCAGCCUUUUCCGACCCCCCCGUGCCCCCCACCCCGUGCCCCCAAAGCCCCCACCCCCGGUCUCCAAAAUGUGUUCUUCUUAACAGUAUAACUCUUUGCAGUCUCUUGUAUGUCAAGUUAGCCGUUUAGGGUCUCGUCGUCCUGUGAAGAGGGCACAACGCCCUCCGAUUCCGCGUAUAAACUCAGUAUUAUCUUUCCCGGUCCAAUAAGCAACCAGACCGACUGACCUCCCUCCCCAUGCAACCCCCGUCUCACAGCUAGGCGAAAAACCUCUGCUGCUGCUGUUACUGUUGCUGCUGCUGCUGCUGUGCUCUCUCUAGCAUUCCACGAGUGUUCUUCCUGGCAUCGCCGCCGGCCCUCGAUUCCAGCUUAAAUCCAGAUUUAGGAAAAGGCUUUGCGUUCGUCCCUCCCAACGUCCCCCGUAGAUGCUUUCCCCGUCCCAAGUCUGGGGGAACGUUGUCGCUGCAUCGCCGGGGGUUGGGCUAGAUGGCCGCUGGGGGUCCCCUUUCAACUCCGCAGUUCUACAGUUCCACUGAACGGGAGUUUGCGUGGCUUUGGGGCUGGCGGCCGGUGCGUGGCGGGGUUUGGCAUAGGGAGGUGGGGAAACCUGGGCGAGAUUCGAGAGCCUGGUUGCCAGUGAGCGAUGUCCCUCUGCUAUUCGACUCGGCCUUAUUUUCUUGCAAACUGGGAUGUGUGAGAUGCCAGCUGACCUUGAAAGAAGCCGAGGGUCUCUUGUAAGCUUCCGUCCGCAGAAGAGGGUGCCCGCUGUGUCUCUGUGGCAGCCACGGGCGUGUCGUCUUCCAGAGAGAACGUAGUAUCAUUGGGUGGCUUAGAAGGAAGUCUCUCUUGGUGGAGGUGAUGGGGUGGUGGUGGUUGGGUCUUCGGUGUCUGUGCAAUGGGCUGCGAACGGAUCUGUUGGCCACAGAGAUCUAGCAAAGACCCACACACAGAGGUUGCAGGGCUGGAACAGUGACUCGGGCAGAGUGGGCAGGGCUGGGCUUCCGCGAGGUUGAGUAGCCAUCUCUAAAUGUGAACGUUUUGUGGCGAAACGGGUCUUACAUUUCCAAACUCGGCCCCAGCUCUCAGGAGUUUGGGAAAUGGCUCCAAAGUCUUAUGACCACUUACUCUGCACCCCACCUCCCUGCAAGAAAACGUAGCGCUUUCAAGGAAAGCUUGACCAUUGCCUGUUAGCUGGUCCCCCCUAAAGCGUUUUGGAAACGUAGAUGGUGAGUCUUACGAGCACCACAGUUAGCCCAUCGGAGAGUGUGCCUCUUCUGUAGCCUGUUCCCUGCAGUAUCGCACAAUUGACCCGAAAGAAAACCGGGUGCAGAUCUUUUUGGUGUCUUUCCUGUUCUUCCUGCUGUUGCUCAGGGGCUAGAAACCUGAAUCGGGGGGGGGGGCAGGUGAAAUAAUCAUUGGAAGCCAUAAGUAAACCGGAGAACGGAUUUAGCUUUGAGCCAGGUAUUCAGCAGCUGGGUCCAGUUGCCCUUGACUUCCUAUCAUGUUGGGGGUUAGUUUCUACUUCCUUUUGCGCUCUUUGGUUGGGUCGCCGUGAGGUCGGGUUCAGGAGAGGCAGGCUGCCCAGGGAUAUGCCUUUGGUUGGGUCAGAACGCUCUGGCUACGUAGGAAAAGAACCGACUUCUAAAGAAACAAAUGGAGGUGUGUUUCCUUUGUUUUUUGUUCAUCUUGGAUCCGGUGUAGCACUUUGGGUUUCUUACUUUCUUUCGUAAAUAAAUCGAUAUAUUUGUAUUUGAUAAUUUCCCUUUUUUAAAUAUAUAUAUAUAUAUAACAUUGGAUUAGCCUAAACUGAAAAAAUAUAUAUGUAAAAGCUUGUGUUAAACCAUCCCAGAUGCAUCUUGGGGAAUCAUCGGUCCAGGGCAUUUCAGGUGACAAGGAGCCCCACCUGUUGCUCUGGAGAUGCUCCUGUACUUUUGCCACGCUGGUCCCUUCCAGAUGUUUGGGAUUACAGUUCCCAUCAGCGCUGCCACAGGAGCUCGAUGGGAGAGUUGUGGUCCGAAAUCUCUGGCACGCACCAGCGUGGUGAAGGCCACUAUGCUGAGUAUCUGAGUUCACUCAUCGACGCUGCCUUUUGCCGCUUCCUGAUCACGUCGGCGGAAUUUACCCAGGAGUCGUUCCUGGUGGGAUUGUGGCCCGUGUCGCUCAGCAUCUCUUGGGUGCAAAUCUUCAGCCCACUGACUUCUUGCACCCCUUCUCCCCCCGAUCCUCAGUUGCUCUGGUGAUCUGUCAGCCUCAUUUUUCUCUGGUAGAUUUUACUGACCAAAACACAUCUUGUUUUUUUGUUUUCUUCCCUCCACUGAAACGUUAAGCAACUGCUUGUCUUCUGCCCGUCACUGCCUUGUCCUAGUAGACCAGCUUUCAAGGGGCCUUGGACUUAGACUCAGGGAUGUUGUGAGAUUAAUCUGGCGCCUGGAGAGAGAGAUUCUCUCCCUGUUGGGCAGAAGUUGGGACCCUCUCAGUGCUGGGGAGUGAAGAGGUGGGGAGAUUUGGGGUCUCCUGUCUGAGGGAAUGACCCAGCGCUGCCCCAUAUUCCUUUCUGCUGCUCAGAGGGUAGUAGAACCCGAACCAAUGGAUUCAAGUUAAAAUACAGGGGAUUCCGACUAAACAUCGGGAAGAACUUUCUGAUGGUAAGAGCUGUUCAGCAGUGGAACGGACUCCCUCAGAAAGUCGUGGACUCUCCUUCAUUUCAGCGUUUUAAGCAGAGGUUGGAUAACCACCUGUCGUUCCAGCAUUUCAAGGGGGUUGGUCUCGAUGACCUUCAGGGUCCCUUCCAAUGAAGGAGAGUUUUGGAUUCACCCAUCUGAGUGAAUGAACCAGAAAAACUAGAGCUGCUCCGGUGGAAUUUUGACCUAGCGUACAAUCACAGAUGGAGCUGGCAAGCAAAGUGUCUGGAUUUGAGAGGACCGUUUAAUGGUCAAUGCCUUCUCCGCACUGAAAAUGUUGUCCUUGAUGUUAUUCCGGUUCCAAAUUUGUUCCAGCAGCCAACUUUAGGAAAUAAAAAAAGGGGGAGAAAUUAGCUUGCAGGAACAGCUCACUUUCCCAAGUACAGUAGCAUAACAUCGGGUCCACUGGCUCAAACAGAAAUGCGCCUUUUUCCCGUGGACGGAUUUGCAAUUUCACCUCCGCCACCACCUCCAGUUUUCAAAAUAAACGCUGAGAUCUCGUGUGAGCCCGUGGCUCUGGGCCACUUGUUGCAGCAAUGGCAUUUUGCUAUCAAUUCAAACGUUGGCGGCUGCUGCGUUGUCAGAAUGAAUUCAAAAUGGCAGCCGUUCCUAAUAUUUUCAGAAGGUUUUGCUCCCAAGGCUGAAAGGAGAAUGUUGCGCUGGGUUACGGAAGGAAAGGAGCCAGGUCCCAGGGCUUGGACCUUGAUUGUGGGAGGGUGUGUGGACUCAGCAAUAAAUGUGCAGAGGGCAGGUUUGUACAGAUCUAGGAGGAGUCGCUGCGUGUGUUGAGGCAGCAUAAGUCCUGACAUCACCCUGAGUUGUCUGGUAGCACUAGGCUGCCAUUGCCACCCUUUUCGGAUAUUGUAUCUCAAUGGAAAUAUGAGACGCAGCCGCUCAGUUGCUCUUUGUGCCUGAUGAGGAAUGGUUGAAGGUUCCAUCAGUAUUGUCAGAGCAGUCAGUUCAGCUCCAUCCUCUCUCACGCCGAGCACCCACACUCUCUUCUUCCUUCUCUUUUCUUCCCAAGUUGCCUUUAUGGUCCAACGAGAGUUUUCUAGGUGCACUGCCGGGUGCCUAACCUACCACCCCAGCCUUCGCCAAGUUCCAGGCGUUUGGAACUACAACUCCCAUGAGCCUCAACAUCACAAAGCUGGGAUUGAUGGGUGUUGAAGUUGAAAACAUCUGGAGGGUCACGAGGUUGGUCACAGCUGCUAUAUGCAUCUUAGGCAUCUUAACCAUUGUGGGAAGCUUUGAGGUUUUUGGAAAGUAGUCGCAGAUCGACUUAGCCAACUCAUGCACACACACACAAAGAAAAUUAUGAGGAGGAAUUUGUCACAGUGAUUUGACCCGUAAAUCCUUUUGGCCAAGUGCAAACUCCCUCUGUUGUGGGUUUGGUGGGAAGAUAGCCUUUGGUGGGAAGAUAAAGCCUUUACUCCCAGCAAAAGGGUCUGGAUCUGGUCUUCCAAUAUCGCCCAACUCUAUGGUUUUGUGAAACAACUGGGAUAACACUGGGGUAGAUCUUAAUUUUUUGGCUUCCAGUUCCUUCCUUCC